ACGACCAUUACCACUAGCUAUUUACAAAAUACCAGUGCAGCUGGCUAGUUACAGUCGAGUCACAUCUCUAUCGGGAUCCUUGAGCGGCGCGACAUGACAGCUUGAUGUACCCUUCCCUCCAUUACCAAGUGCGCCACAAGAGUUAGCCAUGAGCACUGACACCCAUCCACAAGAGCAGCCUGCAGAGAGAGAUGAGACAAACACACCCCCUGUUGAGUAUGUGAUACCCCCCACGAAGCCAGCAGAGAAUAUGAUACCCCCCACAAAGCCUACAAACUCUGAUGCCCCCAAGCAGUUGUGUGGUUAUCUGAUGAAGCAGAGCGCCAAACUUCCCAUAAAGACAUGGAAACCCAAAUGGUUUGUGUUUGACGAAAAGAGAUGCUGUCUGUACUACUACAACGAGAAGAACGACUUUAACCCUCAAGGGAAGAUUGACAUCUCCAUGGCAACACUAUCGUACGAGAUCGAGAAUCGUAGCAAAAACCAGUUUGAGAUUCUCUCAGAAGGUCACGUGAUGUCCCUCCAGGCCAGCAGUAAUGAUGCCAUGAUGUACUGGUUAACACAGCUGCAGGGAAAUAGGAGGCGCUUCAGUGUAAGGAGACACCAGAACCGCAAGAGCAGUGAGGUCAAUCAGCCACCUCAGGACGAUGCUAGCAGCGGAUUGGUCGGAGGUUCGUCCGGGUCACAGGAGAACCUCCUCAGCCCUAGCAACGAGGCCGGUGUCGUUAGCAACCUGCUUGCCCCCACCACUCCUCCCACUGACCUUGAGAACAGAGAGGCCUUUACCUCAGAGCAAAACACACCCUCCAGCCGAAGCUUCUCCACUAAACUGCGAAGACUGGCUAGAAAUAGAGCAUCUCCUGGCGCUGUUAGAAAGCCGCAGUUCAAAGGUCAUUUAAAGCCGUCGCAAGAGGAAGACAACUAUGUAGGCAAUGGGAGCUCUGUACAUGAGGAGGGUAGCAACCCGGUGAACUAUGAACCCUCAGAAACACAAGAGAACAAGCCAGCCAAAUGGAACAGAAAGAGCAUGAGUUUUUGGAAGAGGCCGGCUGAUACCGGUCCGUGUGCUCGUUGUGAGCAGCUACAGGAAACAAUGAAAUCACUCGAGGUGGACCUCAAGAUCAAGGAGAGAGAGGUGAAGGAUCGUGACGGGAUCAACGAGUUUCUACGUAACGAGAUACGGUUGACCGACAUGCGAGACAAAGCCAAAGAAACACUCGAGGGGGUGGACGGUGGGGACGGGGUUAAACUGGAUGUGCUGAUUCAGCGAGAACAGACCAUCUCCCAGAUGGAGUCUCUACUGAGUGCUGCCAUACAAGAGAGAGAUAGGGCCACCACUGAGCUAGAAACCAAGAGACAAGAGGUGGCAUGUCUGGGGGAGCAGGUGGCAUUGUUCAAAGAGGCGCUCACUGCUAAAGACCACGUCGUCAUCGAACUGACCAAUCAGGUGUUCAAGCUGGAGCAUGGCGGGCAGGUCCUCAACGACCCCCUGGAAGCCAUGAUGCCCAUGUCUCAGAAGUCGUAUGAAUCAGAGAUCCACAAUCUCGAAGAAACCGUUGAAGCGUACAAGCAACAGAAUCGUUUCCUCUCGUCCGAGCUGGUGGAGUUGAACGCAGUGCGAGCUGAGGACAGUGUUGUGUACAAGUCUCUGGACAACAAACACCACGAUCUUGAAGCCAACUAUUACCGUAUACAGAGCAAGUAUAUGAUACUACUGCAAGAGUCACAGCAACCACGGAUGGACUCGGAGCUAGGCCCUGACACGGCAGUGGUAUCACGGAUGUUGGAGGAGGCACUAAACAGCGAGGAGAGGACAGAGCCAGCGGCAGACAAUAGCUCGCAUGAUCUGUAUGGCUUCAGCAACACCCAAGAUGGAGGGUACUUGGCAGAUCCUCUCACGAUCAAGGCUCGGAAACUAGACCAAGAGGCACAGCGUGUGACUGACGAAACGGCGGUCAGUAAACGAGAGAGGUGGGACGCACUACUAGCCUCAGGCAGGGAGCUUGUGAGAUCAGAUGAUCUGAAGCGGUUGAUUAGAGGGGGAAUCCCCCGGACACACCGCAGUCAAGUGUGGCGGUGGAUGAUCAAACAUAGACUGGGGACCACUUACAACGAGACCAAGUACAGUGCUAUUCUCAGGGACUUUGCAGGGAAGACCUCAGUGGCAGUCAACCAGAUUGAGCUGGACCUCCUGAGGACACUGCCCACUAACAAGUUCUAUGACAGUCCAGCAGCUCAGGGGAUUGACAAGCUACGGCGCAUCCUGAUUGCCUUCAGCUGGUACGACACCAACGUGGGCUAUUGUCAGGGUCUCAAUCGACUGGCUGCCAUCGCUCUACUGUUUCUAGACGAAGAGGAUGCCUUCUGGUGUCUAGUAGCCAUUGUGCACAAACUCCUCCCACAAGACUAUUAUAGCCACACCCUCCUGGGGUCUCAGACGGACCAGCGAGUACUCAGAGACUUGCUCAUUGAUCAUGCUAACAAGAUCUAUCAGCACCUCUCAGUCUGCGAUAUCGACUUGUCUAUGAUCACCUUCAACUGGUUCCACACUAUCUUUGUCGACAACCUGCCUAUAGAGACAAUGCUACGUAUCUGGGACACGUUCCUAUACGAGGGCAGCAAGGUUCUGUUCCGAUUUGCCAUAGCCAUCUUCAAAUAUAACGAAGACAAUUUGUUGGAUAUUGAAAACUCUAUUGGUAUUUUCAACCACCUGAGGGCAAUGUGCCAGGAUGCUACUGACGUUAACAAGCUCACUCAUAUAGCGUUCAACCAGAUCGGCCGAUUCCCUAUGAGGCCCAUCAACCAGAAGAGGAACAUCUACCGACUAGAGAUAAAGGCUGAGCUCAAGGCUCUGGAUGACCUGCGAUCCACACACCUGUCACACUUCUCACCUGACCACACCCCUGACCACACCCACCCACCCUCGGAUGUCACCAAAUACACCAAGAGGCCCAAAGAAGAUGACAGUGGUUCUGAAGAAGAGACGAUUUUCCUACCAACUACUCGUAAAGACACACCGCCUCCUUAGCUCGUUAACAUUGUUUUUAUUUUUAUGUCAUUAAAAAUUGUCAAAUUUUCAUGCAAUAUCUUUAUUGUUGCAAUAAUUAUUUAUUGUUGCCAAACAUGUGAUAUAA